AUGCCAAAUGAUCAAAUCAAACAUGGAGACCGGGCUUUGGCUCUCAUUGGCAAUGAGCAAGUAGAGCUUACUGAGGAAGACAGUCGCCGGAUCUGUCGCAAGACGGAUCGUGUCAUCCUUGCCAUCUUGAUCUGGGUGUACUUCUUGCAGAUACUCGACAAAUCCGUCCUCGGCUAUGGCGCUACAUACGGAUUAAAGACGGAUACGCACUUGACUGGGAACGAGUAUUCAUUAAUUGGCUCCAUUGCACCGAUUGCACAAUUGGCAUGGCAGCCUUUCUCCUCCUACCUUAUUGUCAAAGUACCGCAUCGCAUUUUGAUGCCCGCACUUUGUUUAGGAUGGGGCGUUGCGCAAGCGUCAAUGGCAGCCUGUCAUGACUUCAGAAGCUUGAUGGCCGCUCGGUUCUUCCUUGGUCUUUUUGAGGCCGGCUGUUUGCCACUGUUCAGCAUUAUUACAAGCCAGUGGUACAGACGCGCUGAGCAGCCGAUUCGAGUCGCAGCGUGGUAUGGCACCAAUGGAGCCGCUACCAUUGUUGCGGCUGCUCUGUCCUACGGCCUGGGACAUAUUAAAUCAGAUGUACUGAAAGAGUGGCAAAUUAUCUUCCUCUUUGUCGGUCUCGUCACUAUUAUCUCCGCCCCGUUUAUCUACUGGAAGCUCGAUAAUGAUAUCCCGUCCGCUCGAUUCUUAACAGAACAGGAAAAGGCACAAGCCAUUGAGAGACUUAGAGCCAAUCAAACAGGAACGGGAAGCCGGGAGUUCAAGUGGCGACAGGUUCUUGAGGCUGCCUUGGAGCCUAAAACGUACCUGUGGAUUGCCAUGGCGCUGCUGCUUAAUGUCGGUGCCAGCGUGACCAACACAUUCGGGCCUCUUAUUUUAAACGGCCUGGUUUCAGAUAAGUAUAUGACCAGUCUGCUAAAUAUGCCUUUCGGCGCUUUGCAGACCAUUGUCAUCUUAUUGGCGAGCUUCUUAGCUCAAAAGGCGCGUGUUAAGGGCGUCAUACUCAUGCUCUUUAUAAUCCCCGUCGUCGCUGGCCUGGCUGUUCUUUACUCGGUACCUCGCGAUAAUUCCGCUAAGGCAGCUCUUUUGGUGGGAUACUAUCUCCUCGCUUUCCUCUUUGGCGGGAACCCCCUUAUUGUCACCUGGAUAGUCGGCAACACAGCAGGCACCACCAAGAAGUCCUCGAUCAUGAGUGUCUACAACGCCGCCAGCUCAGCCGGCAACAUCAUUGGGCCCUUGCUCUUCAAUGACAAAGAUGCGCCAGCCUACAAGCCCGGUCUCCGUGCUUGUUUGGCCAUCUUUGUGGCUCUUGUGGCCGUUGUCGCUAUCCAGUGGGCUAACCUCAUUGUCUUGAAUAAGCUCCAAGAAAAGAAGCGGGUGCGCAACGGCAAAAAAGCAAAGGUUGUCGACCACUCAAUGGAUUCGGCAUAUAAGGCUAUGGAUGAAACGAGGCUCGGUGAGCAAGCGUUUUUGGAUCUUACGGAUCGUCAGAAUGACGAGUUUGUUUAUAUCUAUUGA